AUGAAUAAUUUAAAUCAAAUUAAGUGUGUAUUAGCUAUUUUGGAAAAUAGCAACUUUAUGCUUAAACCUAUAAUUGAGAAGCUAAAAUCAAUCUCACGCAUAAUUGAUUUAAACUCUAAUGAUGAAAUCAUUAUGUAUUUUUAAUUAUUUUACAGUAAUCUUAUUCAUAAUUGGAUUGCUUUAGUUACAAAUAGAGAGGAAACAAAAACUAAAUUGAAUGAAAUCUUUAUGAAAAUAAAAAGUGACUCUACCAUAUUAAAUCUAAUACUUAAUUAGAUUGUUUAAAUUUAGAUAAAAUCUUUAAAUAAAUAAUUAAAUAAUCUACUGAAGAAAAUUUUGAAUUCAAAAGAUUCCUUGGAUUUAUUUAAUUCAUUUGAGCCUGCAAAUAUAAGAAUGUAUCUAUUAAGGAUAAGGUUGAUAUUUCCAAAUUAUGUGAAAGAGUUAUUUUUAAAACUUACACCUCUCGAAAUAGUUUAAGUAAAAUUAUUGUUUAUUAUUUUAGAUAAUCAGUGAUUUAGAUAAAAUUAUUCCAAUUGAUAUUUAGAUAAAUUAUUUAAAAUAACAUGUUAAUUCUAAUGAACUACAAAUAAAUAAUAAUAAUUAUUAUAUAAUGUUGUAAGCUGCUAAUCUUAAAUAUUUACUAUUCAUUUAAACUUUAGGUUAAGAAUUAAGUGAAAUAUUGAUUUCAAACAUAAAUUACACGAUUGAAAGUUUCAAUAUAAAUAGUCUUAUAAUGAUUGUUAUUGAAAAAUGA